CAUGCCCCGUGCCUCGUGCUGAAAGCUUGCCGCCUACUUUCCAUUCCCCUUCCGUCGCCAACAGUACCAGGUAUUUACUAUUCCAGCAAACUUCAUAUCUUCAGAACGGAGAUAGAUACAGAAGCUCUUCGCAGUUUACCGUCAGCAGUAUUAUUUCUCGUCAAUCGGUAUAAUAAACGAGUUUACAUCUAAGGGUAUGGCGCCACCCGCCGAGAUCACCAUCCCGACAACGUCGCUUCAAACCCCGGCCGACAAUUCGAAACCCUAUACGCUCUACAAUAUCACCCUACGCCUUCCUCUACGAACGUUUGUUGUACAGAAGCGUUAUUCCGACUUUACCACAUUACAUCAAAACCUCACCUCCUUAGUUGGCGCACCACCGCCCACCCCUUUACCGGGGAAAUCGUGGUUUAAAUCUACAGUCACCUCCCCCGAACUCACCGAAGACCGCCGUCGUGGCCUCGAAGCUUACCUCCGCGCCAUUGCCGAGUCCCCCGACCGUCGAUGGCGUGACACGCCGGCGUGGCGCACUUUCCUAAACCUCCCGAGCCUGAGUAGUACUAGUAAUAGCGCAGCCAGCGUGAGAGCUGGUUAUGGCAUUCCCAGCCGAGAUGCUGCGAACGCUGCCGCCGCACAGGACCCGGGGACCUGGCUCGAUCUACAUGGAGAAAUGAAGAGAGAUUUUCAAGAGGCGCGGCGGUGUCUAGCAAGGAGGGACAGUGCUGUGGAUAAUUCCGCUGCGCUCGAAGCCGGAUCAGCUGCCAAGAAAGCGCUGGUCAAGGCCGGCAGCUUACUGACCGUUCUCGGAGAUGGUCUUAGGGUGAUGCAGAACGCGAAGAGGUUGGGCGAUGGCGAGAUUAGACGGCGGAAAGAUUUGCUCGCUGCUGCACGGGUCGAAAGAGAGGAUCUGGAGAAGCUGAGCACGGCAGUAUCCGCAGCUGCGAAGGCAUCUCAAAGGGCCAUGCCUUCCGCAGCCGACAAAGCCGCGUUAAUCGGGAACGGGCCCAAAGGACGCGGCAGGGUUCUCGGCGCCCCACUGCCCGAGAGCGAGCGCACCCGGGAAUUGGACAACAGCGGAGUCGUCCAAUUGCAGAAGCAAAUGAUGAAGGAGCAAGACGAAGAUGUAGAAGAACUAGGUAAGAUCAUCCGGAAGCAGCGCGAGAUGGCGGUGGCGAUCAACCGCGAAGUCGAAGAGCAGACCGAGAUGCUAGAUCACGUCAAUAACCAAGCGGAUGUCCUGAGUGGCAAGGUCAACGUCGCUAAGAACCGUACUAAGAAAAUCUCAUGACUCGACCUGGUCAUUGGAUCGGCGGUUAAAGGGCUCCUCCUCUGGGUCGAGUUUGUUUUAAGGAUCAUCUGGCUCGUCAGAAGUAUAUUCGAGUGGACGGCUUGGUUAAUUGAAAGCUUACUCUUAUUAGUACUAACGGAUUGAUGACUGUUCCUAUGCAUUUGAAGUCGCCAUAGAUCGUCUAGCAUCAGCGCGUUAGUCCGUUUGAGCGACCUUUUCAGCGACCUGUACGAUAUGACGGGCAUUGUUUUAUCGGAUAAGGACAACUGUACUUUUAUAGACAUAGCAACUUCUACAUGGAGAUACCAGUAGACUGAAGAGAUUUUGUAUACUCUUAAGCUAUAUCAUUUACCUGAUGUCUUGGCCUUGGUCUUGAGGGUAUAACAUAUCUACGUAGACAUACAACGAGCACGCCUAGAAAAGCAUGAAUGGGAUAAGGGUGUUUGGAACGCUACGAUAUGUAGAUAAUUCUAUUGGUACUAAUCAAUAUGCCUUAUGUCUCAACAAA